AUGCGGCUGCUCGCAAUCAUUACUCUCUGCAAGACCAGUCUAGCGCUGUCUCAUCCCUCUGGAGGUGGAGGGGGAGACAUACCAUUCGACAACAUGAGACACAUGACAAGCGAGUCCAAGUGGAAAAGUGCAGAGAGUGAGCUACAAGGCUUCUACACUCGAAGUUCAUUACGCGAAGACGAGAUGAUGAGUCUCGACAGUGUGAUGGAAAAGAUAUCCGAGGGACAUCAUUCGACCUUCACCAAUUGGUCCCGUGACGUCAUACAAACGAGAGAAGCUGACGAUACACCCAAUGGUCUUGAAUUGAUUAACAGCACGGUAACUGCUGCUCCUACGACAAUCUCCAUCACCGAUAGUUCUAUUGAGACUGCCAUGGGGCAGAAUCCAGAGUCAACUUUUGACAACAUCGCCGCGCCCUCAAGGAACUCCGAAACCAAGCCAUUUACCGCUAGAUAUCCACUGGAGUCAGAUCCAACUCCAACUCCUUACUUCGAACCUAUGGCAAGCUCAGCUGCCCCUUCUCCUGCCUCGACAGGCAGUUCCAAUCACGCGCCGACUCAGUCAUUUGGUGUGGUUUUGCUUGCUCUCGGGGCAUUCUUCUUGUGA